AGAUGACCGUGUGUCUGCUGCAGAAUCAGUCAGAGAAACGGGAGUCACGAUGGGUCGCAAGCAGAUCGACUGCAGCUGGAAGAAGAUCACGGACAACAUCAAGGACAUCUUCCACUUCAAGGAAGUGCUGGGCUCGGGCUCAUUUUCUGAGGUCUACCUGGUGCAAGAGAGAAAGACGGGGAACUUGUACGCCCUGAAGUGUGUGAAAAAGAAACAGCUGCACCACUCCAACCUGGAGAACGAGAUCAAAGUGCUGAGGAGGAUAAAGCAUGAUAAUGUGGUGGGACUGGAAGAUUUCUAUGAAACGAGGACGCACUAUUACCUGGUCAUGGAGCUGGUGUCGGGUGGAGAGCUCUUCGACCGUAUUCUGGAUCGAGGUGUUUACACGGAGAAAGACGCCAGCUGUGUGAUCAAACAGGUCCUGGAGGCCGUUUCCUACCUGCAUCAGAACAGCAUCGUCCACAGAGACCUGAAGCCUGAGAACCUGCUGUACUACAGUCCAGACGAGAACGCCAAGAUCAUGAUCAGUGACUUCGGCCUGUCCAAGAUGGCCGACCACGGCGUGAUGUCCACAGCCUGUGGAACACCAGGAUAUGUUGCUCCGGAGGUUCUGGCUCAGAAACCGUACAGUAAAGCUGUGGACUGCUGGUCUAUCGGCGUCAUAACCUACAUCUUGUUGAGCGGCUACCCGCCGUUUUAUGAGGAGAACGAAACGCGCCUGUUCGCCAAAAUCAUGAAGGCAGAAUACGCCUUCCACUCUCCGUACUGGGACGAAAUCUCUGAGUCAGCAAAGGACUUCAUCAGGCACAUGAUGGAGAAAAACCCUAACAAACGCUUCACCACCGAACAAGCGCUCGGUCAUCUGUGGAUCAGUGGAGACACGGCACUCAGUGACAACAUCCUUCAGUCGGUCUGUGAGCAGAUGCAGAAGAACUUUGCCAAAUCUAAGUGGAAGCGGGUCAUUAACGUGGCGGUGGUGGUCAGUCACAUGAGGCGACUCCAGCUGGCCCACGCUGACCCUCCGGCCCUGGCCCCACUCAUCCCAGUGCUGGACGUAUCGUCUCCAGGCCCACCCCCCAGCGAGCUGGACACCAAUGGGAACCCCUCGUGCAGUCACAUGACCGUGUCGCCUCAAGCUGAUGUCAGCAGGGGGCGGUGCCAGCUCAAGGCCUGCAGCAGCGAGCCGAUGCACACGCUGGUCAUCUGUGAGACGGGGCAACACGCGUUUCCCUCCGAGUCCGACCUGCCCUGCGCCGCCAACAGAUCGGAAAGAGUGACAUGUUGCACAGAUGGGCGGGGCCAGUCCAUGCAGACCGGGGUUUGCUCUGUGAUGUAAUCAUCUGAUUGACAGCUGUCAGUCAACUGAAAUCCUGCGCUCGUAGGAUGAUCAGGUGUGUGUUCCUCACACACUGUUCGGGAUCCGCUGCAAGCCGAGUGCCAAUCUCUCAUAUAUUCAUGUACGAUAGUCGUAUUUGGGCCGAUGGCGUUGCAUCAUGGGAAGGGCGGAUCACGUGUGCCACUGUUUUACUGUAAACGGCCACAAGUUUGAGUCUUUUUAAUAUAAGAACUGUUUAAAUCUUAUUUUCUUAUUUCAGACUUAUACUUACUGUUGUAAUCUCUCUGUAUAUGUUUUAUAUAUGCAUAUAAGAUGAUUGUAUCUGUUAUUUAGGGGCUUAUUACUUGCCCUGUUUUAAUCCAUAAACACACUGCUGCAUGUCUGUAUUAAAAAGCAUAAAAUAAAAUAAUUUAUGUUC